ACUGCCAGAAGAGAAACCGGCCGGGCGCACACGACCAAAGGCGAAAAUGCCACUACAACGGAUUGCAACAAACAACAUCACACACCGACCAGAACAGAGCAUCCCGCCGUCGCGUCGUCGCGCCGCCGCUGAAUGACGAAUACCAGCGAGCGCCAUCAGCUGCCACAGUACUUGCGCACAUGUCGCGUUGAGAAGGCGGUAUUCUACCGAACGCUCUCGCAGAAAACCGUGAAUCGUGAAGUUAUUUUCAAUAAACACAGGGAAGCGAAAUCUCGCAUCCGGUGGAAUUCGAUAAAAGUCGUGAUCCGUAAUUAUAAUCAAGGUGCACCGUGUCUUACCGGAAUUAGGCGGUGAGGUUGCACUGAUUUCGGUGAUAAGACGUGUCGUUUUGAGUGUCUGUAGAAAGUGAUAGCUAACCUUUUAUUCUUGGGGAAUCCAUCCGUCCUAGUGAUACGAGAGGGCAGUGAUUAGUUUAGUGUUGAACGAAGUGAAAAUGAUAGACGGUUUGGAUUCGAAGAUAACGUUCGAGAUACCGAAUCAUUUGGAUUUCGAUAGACUUAUUCGCGGAAACAACUACUCGUCGUUUUGGCAGAAUUUGCACCAGCAGCAUCAGGAAGCCGCGGCCCGAGCCAUGGCAAUGAGUUCCCUCGGGUUAGGUGUCAGUGGCAGUGAGCCGCUUCUAACAGGUGAUUACAAUAGCAGCGAAUUCAACCUGUUGAAUAGCUUGCAAAACUUUGCUGGCCGAGCAGGUCCCAUCGGAUUCGCUGCAGACGGGAGCGAACAGCUGCUGGAUCCCACAUACGAGCGGUUCAUUGGAGACGUAUGGGUGGGCAUUGUGUUGACCCUCAUGAUUCUGUCGUCGGUGUUCUGCAUGUGUUCCUGCUUCCUGUAUCACAAGUUUCGACAGUGGCAACGAAGUGUAUUAACCGCCAGAUCCCAAACGCUGUCCUCGAUGAAUCUGGAGACACCUCCACCGUAUGACGUGGAAUCCCUGCCGAGCUAUACGAUCGUAUCCGGUUUGCCCAGCUACAACGACGCCAUUGAACAGCUCAAGCAGAAACAGCAACAAAAAAACAGUAGCAUACCCGGUGGCCACUUGGAACCGGUGAAAACUCAUCGGCCGUCGGUCAUCAAACUUUUCGAAUCGCAAUCGCAGGAUUUGCAGACCGGCGCCAAACUAGAGGAAAUUCGAUACAACUUUGCGAGUAAUCUCACCACAAGUGCUGCACCGGAAAGCCCCACCGAUUUUCCUCCGACUUCCUCCAGUAGCAGUAGUGCGGCGGUGAGUGCGACGACGGUUGCAGUCGCGCCUAACUUCAAAAGCCAAGUUUCCGCGAGUCAGCCGAAAAAGUUUACCGUUUGUAGUUACACCGUGGAAAAUGAGCGAGCUGGCAGUUAAGGCGCUCUAUGUAGGUGGUAGCAACUAGUACCUUUCCCGAGAAGGAGAAUUCACGAGAGAAGACUAUGACUGUGUUAUUAACAAAUUAAUUUAUUUCAUUAGAUGCAAAGUUAAUGCAUAGAUAGGUAUAUUUAUAAGAUGACGAUACUUUACGAGAAGGGUUAUAUUUACUACAAGUACUACUUUGCGCCAGUUUCGAUAGUUCAAUGCCAGCCAUCUACUGAGAACGGUUAUCUCAGUUGAACCAGUCAAUCGCAAAUGUGCAUUUGCAUAGGCAUAGGAAAAGUUUCCUUAGAUCCAAGACUUAAACGAUAUUAUGUGAAAUUUAGUCUAUCAAUAUAGAAAUUAAUAUGACAGGUAACAA